AUGGCUAACUGGUUUAUUGUGAAACUUGCAAAUGAAAAUACUGCACAUAUCAGUAAAAUGCACUUAUUUCAGGGCUUCCUAACAGCAACAGUGCCAACUACCAAAAUGACAACACCUGGACAUUCUUCUGUGAUCACUACAGAGAUGACAACCCCUACACAAUCUGCAGUGAAAUCAACAGAAAUGACAACACCUGGACAUUCUACAGUGAAAACUACAGAGAUGACAACCCCUAGACAAUCUACAGUGAAAUCAACAGAAAUUAUAACACUUGGUCAAUCAAAAGUGUCAUCUACCGACAUGACAACGCCUGGAAAUUCGACAAUAAUCACCUUACAAAUAACAAAACCGGGAGCAUCUAUAGUGACAUCUAUGAAAACGACAAAAAUGUUGGAAAUGUCCGAGGUCACUUCUGUUCAACCAAUCAGACCACUGGAAUGCCUAUGUCCCUGUUCUAAGGUUGGAAAAGGCAAAUGGGAUUUCUUACAUGGAAUGAAUCUGACUCUUGACCAAUUAAGAGAAAUACUGAAGCCAGAAUUAGACCUAAUGAAAAAAGAACUAAGUAUCAACAAAUCCAAUACAACCCGGAUGCGUCGUUCCAAGAUAUCAGCUCCAGAUGAUCGUGUAUCAGCGGCAUCCGUAGGAUAUGUUGGCGUCGUCUUCAUUUGUCUUAUUACAGUUAUAAUAGUUUUUCUUGACAUGCUCGGUUGCAUAGUCACCAAGUUUAAAAAACUUCCUUGA